CUCGCGACAAACGGUUGGGGUAGAUGGACGCUAAUACAACUUUUGAAAUAAAUACACGCAAGAAAAUUUUAACUCAAAACGUGCGUGUAAAAAAAUAUUUUGGUGGUUAUAUUUGCCUGCCUAGCUGAAGGUAUUUAGACGACACUUCAUUGUUCGUGUUUUAGCGUAAACAGUCAUGGGUGAGUUGGGCACGAAGCUCGGCUUUGACGAGUUGGCGGGAGGAGCAGCGGGCAUCAGCAGGGCGCUAUUGGCCGAGUUCAUAGGAAACCUGAUCCUCAACCUGUUCGGCUGCGGCGCCUGCGUGAACAUCGCGCAGUCGAACACUGCGACAGACAUCGUGCUCAUCGCGCUCGCCUUCGGUCUCGCGGUCUUCGCCAUCGUCUCAGCGAUAGGUCACGUCUCGGGAGGGCACGUGAACCCGGCGGUAACGGCGGGCCUAGCGUCGGCGGGCCGGGUGAAACCGACGAGGGCGGUGCUGUACGUGAUCGCGCAGUGCGCGGGCGCCGCCGCCGGCUCCGGUCUGCUGAAGGCGCUCACGCCGGAGCGCGCCGCGGGCAAGCUCGGAGUCACCGCCCUCGGCGACGACGUUACUCCGCUUCAGGGCUUCGGCAUAGAGUUCUUCCUAGGCUUCAUACUCGUCUUCGUUGUAUGUGGAGUGUGCGAUCCGAACAAACCGGACGGCAAGCCGACGGCGCCGCUGGCGAUCGGCCUCACCGUGACGCUGGGCCACCUGCUGGCCGUUGACUACACCGGCUCCGCCAUGAACCCCGCGCGCUCCUUCGGCUCCGCGCUCGUCGCCAACGACUGGGCCAACCACUGGGUGUAUUGGGCCGGGCCUGUCGCGGGAGGCGUCGCGGCCGCGCUGCUGUACGUGCACGGCUUCUCCGCGCCGCCCGUGGACUCCCCGCCGCCGCGGUACCGCCCCGUCGCUGCCGAUGAAAAGGAGCUGAAGCGGCUGGACGGCGGCAAGGCGGAGGAGCUUGCCUGAAGCCGCGAGUCGCUCGCGCGGCCUCGCCCCCCGCGCGCGCGCCCCGCGCUCGGCGUCGGCGUCGGCGUCGGCGUCACCGUCCCCAGCGAAACACAACCCUACUACCGACACCAAUAUUGAAGCCGACUGCUCUACCCGCAGACGUAUAGCUGACUAGACCACACGCACACGCAAAAUAAUGUUCUAUACGACACAUUGCACAGAUUCGGAAUAAAUUGAAAUCUGGUUCUAACCGUUUUAGACGUUAAUAGAGACGUUAUAAAGAAUAGUUUGCACUCAAUCCUAGUAGCUUUUUCUGUGUGUAUUCUCGAAUUUGUUAGUCACUCGAGAUUCGAAUUAUAAUCUUAACACAAAAUAAUCAAUCAAAAUACAAAUUGUUGCACAUGGGUGCUGUCUACACUAAAAUUGACACGCUUAGUUUUUAUAUAAAUCUGGCUAUGUGCGACGUCUAUUUAGAUAUAUGUCUGUGUAUCAACCCAAUGAAAUUAAGCGAAACUGGCACGCAACGAAAAUACUUUUAUUUACACCGCUACAACACUGUCUUUAGCAUUUUUCCAAGUUCACAUAAACUUAUUUAUAUUAAAUUAAGUAAUUUUAUCUUUACAAUCUGCAUUUGUAUUCUGUAGCCGCACACACCAAUAAAAAAACACGAUUUUAAUUUUUCUGAAAAAAAUAUUCAAUAAUUGGUAGAAUGGAAGACCUUUUUGGGAGGCAAGAGGGUAGAAAUAAUUAUAAUCAGUGUGAUUGUCUUCCAAGUCACCUUAUAACUCGUUAAGCUCUAUAUCUGCGGAGCUCUAACUUGCACAUCAUAUAUGUACCUACCUACAUAUAAUUAGGUACAACCUUCCACGAAUUGAUUUACUUAAAUCAGCAAAAAACAAGCAAGUGUAUUCAGCACUGGAUUACAGAAUUCCCAACGAACACCCAACAAACAUUCUGGAGCCCAACAAAUCUCAGACAAGGACUAACAUCAAAUCAACGUGCUCACUAGCGCCACUGGUAAAUAAUGAGGCCUAUCGUUUUUUUGCUCACCAGUUGGCGCCUCUGUUGAUGGUGGUCCAAAAGACUAAAGAACAGCUGUCAGUCAUUGAAGUGACAAGUGACAUUUGACAUUUCGAACUUUGCGGAGACCUCAGAAUAAUAACUAAGUUAUGGAUGGCGGAGACCACCAUCUACACUAGCGCCCCUAGCGGCGAAUUCAUACGCGUUAGCCCUCAUUGUGAUUAUUUAAAUUUAGCGAUAGAUAUUUAAAAAAGGGGGACUGCUAAGAACUGUAUUUUGAACCUUUUGAAUACAUUUUUAUAGUUUUUACGUUGCUGGAUUCGCCAAUAUAUGCGUCCAAAGUUGAAACGGCCGUUUUUGUUUUGAGUUUAUAGAUCGACGAAUCCUGCAACAUAAAUAACUAGUUUGAUAUAUUCAAAAGGUACUUAAAUACAAAAAACAGUACAUAGCGCCCCCUUUUUUAAAUAUCUACCGUUAAAUUUAAAUAACCACAAUUAUUUAGCAGUGGCGCUAGUGAGCACGUUUAUGGGCUCUUAAGCAAAAGUGUUUCAAUUCCCUCUGAAUUCAUUCAUAAUUCAAUAGUAGGAACAAUGCACCAAUACGUAUUUACUAUUAAUGUAGCUAAGUAAGAUCUAUUUGUACCUUAAAGUGAUUAUUAAAUUGUUCAAUUUUAUUGUUACUACCUCUAUUAGCACUUACUAUAUAAAACAAUUUUCCAGUGAACAUUAUAAUAAUGGUGCUAGUAGAGGCGACUGCUAUAGUUAUUAGCCACUACAUAGUAAUUGGCCACUCUUAACAAUAAGGCCAUUGGCUUGUUUCUUUUCGACUCGUUAGGAGUGGCCACUUACUAUGUAGUCGCUAAUAACUAUAGCAGUCACCCUAUUUUAAACUUUGUACCGAGUAUGAGAAUCUUCUGAUACAAUAUGAAGAAGUAUGAAGUGAAUGAAAAGUUUCCUUCUUAUAUAAAAUAAUAGAUGCACGUGUAAGUUAUCAUCUAUUUUUAUAUAAUAUUAAAUCUCUUCCGUGUAUGUUUAAAACAUACUAUGUUCGAAAUUGUAUAACAUUACAGUACGAUAAGUGUAUAUAAGUAUUAAAGAGAUGAUUUUUCCAUUGUGAAAUAUUUGAAGUAUUCUUAUCAAUGUAAUAUUCGAGAUUACUCAGUGUCGUCUGUA